ACUGCUUUGCAAAAUGAGGGCAGCAGCCCGUUUGGCGAAUAUCUGCUGUCAGCCGCCAUCACUCACUCCACUGUGGCUCCUGUCAUCUCUAGCACCCAAAGCAUGGGCCUUACCGAAUCCACUCGAGGCGCAUCUGGCGCGCCUCCAUGAAUCUUUGUCGCCAGUAACAGUAUGUGUAAAAGAGGAUAAUACAUCAUAGGAAAGGAAAGAGACGUCAGUCUAGGGAGGAGCCAUCAAACGGUCGGGCGUGAGAGCCGAUCCUGGUCGUGCAGCGGGAGCAAGCCUGACAGGUUUGCAUGUGCGAUUCCUACGUCAUGCUGUUUUGCCCAUACAUAAAAUCAGGGUCUUGAUCAACACACACACAACUAUCACUUUUCUUCAGCUUUCUCCAACCUCUCUCUAGCACCAGUAAUUUGUCUAUAACCCUCACCUCACAAACACACUCUCAACUUUCAACCAUGGCUGUCAGCUUCCUCGCCAUCUUCGCAGGUCUCAUCGCCUUGACCGCAGCCUACCUGUACGUUUUCGGCAUCUCGCCUGAGCUAAAGCGCAAGAUGGAGCGCCAGGCACUCAAGACCAUGGGCGAGAACAAGAUGUCUUACAUGACCAAGGAUGCCCUCGACAAGGUUCCUGCCUCCGACCAAGAGAACAUCAAGACCUUCAAGAAGGGCCUUGGCAACCUGGCCGGUGGCGCCACCCAAAACCCCAUUGGCGAGCAAACUGUUCACGCAGUCACCCAAGCCAGGGAUUCGGCGUCGAACUCUACUAAGAACGUGUGGCUUGACUGGGACACCGUCCAGAGUUAUCCCAAAGCUGCGCUUGAACGUGUCUCGGCAGUGACGAACAAGGUUCAGGAUACCGCUCAGUACCACGUUCCAAAGAAGGCGGAGUAA